AUGCGAGGAGCUCUCUCCUCGUGCUUAGCUUGGUCGCUCAGGCUGGGUGGCUGGCUGUUUCAGAUCCUCGUUUCUCUUUGGCGUCGAAGCGUGGAGAAUCAGAAUGGUGAGGGGUCGAGGUCCAUGGUGGACGUUUGGCCUGCGCAUGGGCAAGGUGGCGUUCAUGUUUGCCGUCGUUCAACAAGAAGGGUGCCGCCGUUGACCAGUUUUCGGUCGUGUAAUCGAAUUCCGACACGUGGUCUGGUGAUCCCCAGCAAGGGGCUUUAUAAAAGGAAGAGAUCCCAGCUGUGCGACGAUGCUCUUCCCUCGCAUAGCCACCCCGUAACAAACCUAAGGCCUGCAAAAAGGUGCAGGUUGGGUCGUCUCUUGGGUUGGAGAUUUUGGCUCCCCCCGUCGCCAGAUUUGGUAGGCGAUGCUUCGUUGUUAUCCACGUCUGAUAAGUCUUUUCAAUCAAGUGGAAACCCGAAUAGGGAUGCUGAAGACCUGACCAGCCGGAUUCCGGCGGGUUUCGAGCCGGCAGUGAAGACUUGGCAUUUAUUUCCGAUUAUUUGGCCGGUGUGUGAGUCACCGGAUUCGCGAUCCUGCCCUCCUGCCGGCGAGACUCUGCGGCCGACGGCGUGUAGAGUCUCUUUACAGAUCCGUGUGAAUUUGGGUCGUCGUGUAGUGUUGAUGGGAUCGAGAUCUUUCCCGGAUUUUGCGAGAUUAUUGGGCGGUUAUGGGUGGAAUCAUACCCACCGGGAAAAAUAUAUUCCCUCGUAUCAUAUUGUUUAUGGGAGUCCAGUUUCCAUUAAACCUCUUACUCGAAUGAACAACUUCCCGGGGAGGGGUGAGUUUGAACGGGGUUUGGGAUUAGUAUUUAAUCCCAUGCUGGCAGCGAGGCGCUCCCUACUUUCCAUUGAGAAAGAGCUUUCCGGAAUUACGCCUGCCGAGCCUUCAUCUCAAAACCUUGCUGUCGCUGAGCGUUCAGGUACGGAGACUUCCCUUCAGCUCUUCAUUGAGCCUGCGCCUCCUCCUGUUACAGGCGUCGCGUACUCUCCCUCAAGGAGGUCCAGUCAACGAGGUUUCAGGCGUCGCGUACUCACCUGGGGAGAUUAUUCACUAAUGAUCUGA